AUGGCGAUGGCGGAUCGUUGCUCCAUCGAGGAUGCCGUAGGAAUGAGGGCAGUCAACGCCAUGAAAGGAGCGUUUGUUGCCGAUGCAGCGUCGAUGGGCCUGCAUUGGAUCUACGACGCAAACAAGAUUAAAGAGCUGACUGGCAAGGAUGGCGCCCAGCAGAAAGACGCUGCCUUCUUCGAGCCUCCUAGCUGUCCGUUCUAUAGCUACAAGUCCGGUCAGUUCAGCCCCUACGGAGCAGAGUGUAUGGGCGUGCUGCAAGGCUUGACCUCUGUUGAGCCUUUUGAUCCUCAAACGUUUUCCGAAGGAUAUGCCAAGUACCUCAAGGCGUAUUCAGGAAGGCUGAAUCAUGCUAGCAAAGAGCUCAUUGCGAACAUAGAGCAGGGCAAGAAAUUUCCUGCAUGUGGAGCCGACGACGCGCAAGCAAACUCGUUGGUCAAGGUCCCUGUGGCCGUCGCGAGGUUUCUGGGCGAAGACAACUGGCCAGCGAGGGUGGAGGAGGUGAUCCGAUCUCACCAGAACAACGACGUUGCCGUGAUGUAUGGCAUCGCAAGCGCUCACAUACUGCAUCGUAUCCUCACGACAGGGGGCACUCCCAGGGAAGCCGUAGAGUGGGCCUCCAACGACUCGUCCCCGCUUGCUAACGAGGCGCGGCUGAAGCUGCGGGAAGCCAUAAGCUAUGCUGCUGCUCACGACGCAGUCGAGGCUGCCUCCCACUGGGGCAGCAGCUGCCGGCUCCCUGGCGCGUUCCUCGUCUCCGUCCACGUGAUGCUCAACUCCAAGACGUACCAAGAAGCGAUCCGCACAAACAUCAUGGCGAGUGGCGAUCAGUGUUCCCGUGGGUGCUUCAUAGGAGCUUGCAUGGCUGCAGCUAGUGGAGGCGAAUCCAUCCCCCCAUCCUGGGUGGUAAAGGUGGAUGAUUUUGACGAUGUUGCAAACCUCUCCGACAAGCUCAUGAAGUGCGGGAAGGCGCACUAG